UUCUCUUUCUUCUAAAUCGCAAAACAAAGGGUGCCAAAUAAGACACGCACGACAAUGAUCAAAUGGUUCCGGGCAGAAAUUUCCUUCAUAAUAAUCAUUUAUAAAUCAAAUAGAAAGAUAACGACUUGAGAAAUCAAGAUGACUCCCCAAAUCCGGAAAUAUCCCAAAUAAUUCUGACGUUUCCCGACACUGGUGGCUUAGUUUUAGCAUGUUGGAUUUUAUUUCAUUUUUUUAUGGAUGCAUGCAGGGAACUUGGGUUAUCUUAUCACACGCGCGCGCGCGCGCACCAAAUUGUGCCUCAAGUGCGCGCGCACAUUCCGCAGGCCUCUCGUGGCCAGACGAGAGCCCCGCCGUGCUCACAAGUAAUCAAGCAGCUGCACACGUCACGCGUGGCCGCCGAAGCUUCCAAGCGAGGCCUUGGCAACCUUUUCCGGGUGCGGCGCUCCAAGUACCCCGACGGCGUCUUCCGAGGAUUUUGGGGCCACCGGAGUAGCAACUUCUUCUUCUUCGCGAAUGUUCCGUUAACGAGCGAAGGAUCCAAAUCGCUCAGGUGCAACGUUUUGGCUUCGUCUGCAACCUCCCAAAGCGCACCUGCACGAUGCCAGACGCCAGCCGAGCAGGUCGUGGGACUUGGAUGGACUCGAGUCGGCCACGGUCUGUCGUCACUAUGACGGCGGAAGCCAUGCAGUCCUUCCGCGAGCGCGCCGGCGGUUUCCACGGCAACCAAAGCUGCUACCAGCAGGAGCCCCACGAAAUAUCACGCCUGGAGACGUACCGCCAACAUCCGCAUCACGCUCACCCUCAGCUGCCCCACCCGGGCCCGGGGCUUUCCAGGUCGGCCUACGAGGCCCGCUCCCUGGUAAACGCCGCGAGCAUCGCGACGGCAAAGGAGAUCUACAGCCAGCCGACCUACCCGGGUUUCCCGCUCAACGGCGGCGGGAGCGGAAACGGAGGCUUGGCCUCCUCGCAGGCGAAGAAGAAAAUCCCCAAGUUCCCCACGCCGACUUGCGCGCAACAUCUACAGGGUCACGGGGGUUACGGUAACCCCCUGGGUCCCGGGACCUACUCGGCCCAGUACGCGAGCGGGGGCCACCUCCAGCAGAAAUGGGAGGACUCGGCCGCGUUGACGUCGUACGAGCACGAGCUGGUCGGGCGCGUGGAGGCCGGCGGCACCCCCGCCCCGAACUCCUCUCAGUACGUGAACCCGAAUAUGCUGGGCCAGUGCCACCAGCCACCCGCCCAGUCUUACCCCGGCCCCCAUCAGCAGUCGCACCCGGCCGACCCCUCCCCUUCUCCUUUGAUGUACCCGCAAGGUCACCUGCACUACCCCCACCCUUCGCCGUACACAGAAAAGUGCAGCCCCAUCCCUCCGUGCUACAAAGGUUACAGCAUGACGCCGCCUUCCCAGUACGGCAGGCAAAUGAGCGCCCAGGCUAAUCCGAAGCCAGGCGGGGUCUACGGGCCCUCCCAGAACAGCUACGGCUACCGACACUCCAGAUCUUACGAGGCGCAGCCCCCGUUGCAGGCCAUGAGCAGCCCCCAGGAGUCCCACCCAAAGUACCAGCACUUCAGCCAACCGCAAGCCAACUACUGUCUCUCGGAAUUGGCCGUGAGGUCGCCCGAACAGUAUUACCAAACUUGCAGCCCGUCCUCCAGCCAUUCUCCCGCACGCUCAGUGGGGCGCUCUCCCUCGUACAGCUCCACCCCUUCGCCGCUGAUGACCAAUCCGGAGUCCUUCCAGUACGGGCAACCGCCCGUCACCCCGUCGUCGUCCUCCGCCUCCUCGGCGGGCCAUCAAGAGCAAGGCGCUUCCAAUGCCGCCUUGUUGCCGCCGCGCUCGCACCCGUCGCCCGGCGCGGCGUCCCACGCCUUCGCCAACGCCCAGCAGCAGGAGCGCUUCUCGGAAAAGCUGCUGUCGAACCCCAGCUUGUGGAGCCUGAAUGUCCUCACCUCUCAGGUCGAGAACAUAUCCAACAAUGUCCAACAGUUGCUGCUCUCCGAGACUCUGGUGGCCAGCAAGAAAUCCGCAAAGCGCAACGGCAGCUCCGGAAGCGCCGCGUCCUCCAAAAAAGGCGAGGACUACAAAAGUCCGUAUCCAGAAAGCGCCGGCGGCGUGGGCGCGGGCCCGAUGCAGGAGCUUUACUCGAGCGUGCAGCAGCAUCAACGGAUCCCGACGACGGACCUACCCGAGGGAGGCUACUCCAGCGGUAGCGACGAACAACUGGAGAGGGGCUACUUCUACAGAAGCCGGGGCAGGAGUCCAGCUCAGCCUCCCGGCAACACUCGCAUCGACGCGGACGCGGUCUCAUCCCGUUCCGUCACAUCUCCAGACGCUCGGUCCGGAGACUCGGGAUUGCGCAGCUACGUUCCUGACCCGAUGAGAUGCCAGUCGGCGCAAGGAGGAGCGAGCCCCCCGGUGAAGAGUAUCGGCGAGGGGAGGUCUCCCGUCGGCGUUACCGUUCCCAGUCCUAUGAAACCCGCCGCGGACUCCUCUUCUGACGUACAGCAGGUCAUCCAGCCCGUUAAAGAAAACUUUGAGGGCCGCUCGUGGACGGACAGGUCCGCCGGCAAAGGAGCGGAGGCUCAACAUGAACGAGAUGUCACUCAACCGAAAGAGAAAUGGCCAGACGAGGACAAAUGCUCCUCUCUAUACGGCCAAGUAAGCAAAGGGGGAGCCGAAAAAGACUUUGGCUAUACGGGGAGAGUCCAGAGAAGAUAUGACCCAGAUUCACUCCAAGGGUGCUCUGACCCGGGCCGCCAUUUUGCCCAAGACGUGAAAGAAGCGCACGAAUCACAUCCCUCCAUUGCUUCCGUGAGCUCACUGAAAACGUUCAGUCCUGCGAGUGACUUUGAGCAGGAUCGAUAUUCCACGGAGAAGGAGAAGGAGGGCAGCACCGGCAACGCCUCGCCGACCUCUCAAACUGACAAACGUCCAAAGAAGGCCGAGAGCGUAGGAUUGACGGAGGAGGGAAACCAUGGACGGGAAUCAAAGUCAGCCGAACCAAGGCGGCGCGCUCUUUCCCAUUCCAGGUCCGACGAGGUGAGGAAGGGACGGGGGCAGGAGGAGUCGAUGACUUCUGACUCCGCCAAUAAUAGGCACGCAUCCGACAAACCUUCUGCAGACCUUUACGACAGGACAGAGACUCAAAGGCCCGAGCGCCGUGGCGACAAAGAGCUCGCGGGAGUGCCGGCGCACCCGAACGUGGCGGCGGCCCCGGACUCUUCCUCCAGAGAGUCGGCCAUUUGCGACAGCGCUCGCCAGCCCCGAUCCGCUAUGCCGGUCUUCUCCGCUCUCGGCGAUAAUCACAUCGAUCACGGCGACGCUAAAGUGCUGGAGCCGGACUCGCCUCAGCUGCCCGGGAAGUCGAUACUUCCCUCGGCGCCCUCCUGGGCCGACACCCCGCCCUCCCCGAAGAAAGGCGACGAGGACGUGGAGCCGGGCCUCAGCUGCUCCAGCGCCGUGACCCCCUCGGCCAAGCCGGAGCUCGUGGCCCCGUCUGCUCAACCCAGGCCGUUUGGACGGAAGCACGCCGGGGGAGGGGGGAAAAGCGAUCGGGCGACCGUAAGCUCGGGGAGGGACGGAGAAGGAGACCCUCACAGCAAGACCGUGCUCUUCUCCAAUCAAACCGAGUUCGCCCGUCAGCAAUCGAUAGCGAGCCAGGCCGCGGAAAUGUUAACGGAAAGCCUUCGUUCCAGAAUGUGCACGCGCUCGUACAAUGCGGCGGAUUUGCCAUCCAAGGGCCAGGCUCAUUUGAAGAGGAACCCGGGCCCCAAACCAGGGCUGAAAAAACAACCAAAACCUGGAAGCAAACUCGCCCCGAAGCCCGGGCCAAAAGCGAAGGCUGCGCCGAAUCCACAAACUCCGACGGGAAAAAUCGGGGCCGGGGCCGCGGCCAAACGGAAGCUGGGGCCCCGGCCGGGCGUGAAACCCCAGCCGGAACCGGGACCUCAGUCUGCUUCGCCGCCCGCUGGAGACCUCGGCGACCAGGCCCCCGUCGGUCGUCCCAAAGGUUCCGUUUCCAAGGUGAAGCUGAGCCGACGAGGAGAGAUCGCCACGCGUUUGACGGGGACGCAAGCGAAGGGCAGAAAAAAGGCACCAGCACAAAUAAAGCAGCAUAUACAAGUCAUGCGCCGCGAUGAAAAUGACAUAGAAGCGCAGCAGAAUCACGAUAAAAAUAUGACCCUGAGGUCGAGGAGGCCCUCGCAGACUAAAGGAGCAAACGAAAAGGAGAAAAACGUACACAAAGAUCUUUUAACAGCAACGCUGGCAGAAAUUGGCGCAGCAGAUUGUUGUGAAAAAGAAGAAUGUUCGACGGAGGCGCAAUCGGGGAAAGCCGCAGAAAGCCCAACAGAAGCUCCUGAAAUGCUUCCCGCUGACGAAAGGGCGACGCUUCCACUGCAAAGUCAGUCAUCCGUGGAACCCUCGAUGGCGCCCGUCAAGAAAAGGAGGGGCCCAAAGCCCAAAGCCAAAGCCAAAGCACUCGGGCCUCAAGCGGCCGCCGUUCCGGGGGCCAGAGGGAAGAGAGGACCGCCCGGCAAAGAGUCCGAGGUCCCCUAUCGUCCCCAACGUGCCACCGACGGGGAUCCAGGCGACGCGCCCGUCGGGCCUCCCCACUGCCUGACCAGAACAAAAGUUCUCCCUCCGCGGAAGGGCAGAGGACAGAAAUAUGAGGCCAUGGUGCAGAAAAUCACGUCGCCCGGCUCCAAGAAAUUCCUCCCGUCUCCUCAGGCGGACGGCGGUCUCCGCGAUGACGCGGCGACGAAGGACGGGGAGACGGCUAUUCCUGUCGAUGGCACGGAGGUGAUGGCAAGCGAAGUGAAAAGCGGGCGGGACGGCGUGAAACACCCGGAAGGAAAGGAGGUCAAGCGCGAGAGUGAAAAGCAGCGGGACACGAGUCAAGAAGAGGACCUGGACCUGAAGCAAAGGCUGCCGGAAGGGGAUGCCAAGGGCCAAGAGCAUAAACCUGGCACAGUGCGCAGACUCCAAAGGGCCAUGGAGGCUCAGGUGGACCUCGGCCCUCGAGGGGAAUGGACGCAGCGGGCGAAAGCGCUCGUCGGCGCGGCCGUGUCCACGUCCAAGUCCAAGUCCUCGAAAAGGAAGCCGUGCGCAACGGGGGAGGGGACGCGAGCUUCCGUCGUCGCUUCGGGGUCCGGGGGGAGCCCCGUCGUCACCGCCCCGAGAGCGGCCAAGCAGAGGGCCAUUAAAAACAACCGCGAGAUGCACUUGAAGCAAAAGAGGAAACGGAAAAGUCCGCCCCCGGCGGGAGCAGCGAAGCAGAUCAAAGUCGAAGCUCCGGAGGAACAAGAGUGGAUCGCGGAAGAGACGGCGACGCCUCUCCGGGCGCCCGCGGUGACAACCGCCAGCGACCACAUCAAAGGAAGCCCCGAGGUCGGCCGGAAAGCCAAGAGGGGGAGGAAACCGGCCGCAAAUCCGGCUCAGCGCCGACCGGGGAAAGCCUCGUCCGGGGAGAUUUCCGACAAGCCGCUGAAAGUCUACAAAAAGCCGGGGCCCAAACCUGGGAUGAAAGAUGCCAUGGAGGUCAUAGAGGCGGUGGUGAGGGCCGCCGGCUGUGAAGCGGAACGAGCGGAGCGGCGAAAACCCGAGACGGAAGCGGAGCCGGAGGAAAAGCGCCGCGCCGUCUCGGAACAACGGACGCAGACCAUUUCCGGCAAGAGAUUCAGAAACGAGCCGGUCCAACGGAGCCUUCGCUCUUUUUGUCCCUACGUGCGAAUGAACAACUCCAGAGACUUUUCCUCUUGGUGCGCCGUCGUCAACAAGCCCGAGGAUGUGCAAGUCUUUCAGAGACGCAGAAAAAAGGGAAUUCUCCGAAUGAAGAACCCUUUCACCGUUGCCAAGGUGGUGCCGCGCACCGCCGCCAUGCUGCAAGGAGCCGCGGUCGACGCGGCUCUCGCCGGGCGGCCGCUCGCGUGCUGCCUGUGCCGAAAACCGCCAAACUACCGAGAUUUGGGCGAUCUGUGCGGACCCUACUACACGGAAGACCGACUUCCUCGGAAACUGUUGGCCGUCCAGCCGGCGCCUUCCCCGCCCCGUGUCCGAGGGGAGAGCGACGAGGAUCGAGCGCGCGCGUCAAAGUGGAAGGCUGAAGGCGAGGCGCCAGAAUCUCCUCAAGCGGGCGCCGGCGGCAGGCGGCACCGGCGGCCGUACGGGCGGGCCGAAAGAAGAGACGGGAUGUCGCGGAAGGACGUUCCUCCGAGGCUGCCGCUGCGACAGAGGCUCAGGAGGAUCCGGCAGAUCCGGGCCGGGCUCGCCGACGACCGAGCGGGCCCGUUCCGGAGGCGGCGGGAAGAAGCGCAGGCCGACGAGCACUGGGCCCACGAAAACUGCGCCAUCUGGACCAAGGGCGUGAUCAUGGUGGCCGGACGCUUAUACGGACUGAAGGAAGCCGCCGACAACUCGGCCCAAACGAACUGCCGCAAGUGCCGGACUGCCGGGGCGUCCCUCAGUUGCUGUUGGAGGAGCUGCUCUCGUAAAUAUCACUACGUCUGCGCCAAAGAGAUCGGCUGCACAUUCCACGAAGAUGACUUCUCCAUCAAAUGUCCCAAACAUGAGGAUUUGUAAAGUGUCCGCCCUCAAAACGGACUCGGAGAGCCCGGAUGACGCCCUUGGGCGGCGAGGGAGACGCGAACUCGCAGCGCGGGCCCGUCCGUCGGGCCGCGAGACGUCGACAAGGAGCCACCGGAUGGGACGCAAACCUGCGCACGGCUUGAAAAUAUCACUGCGGUACUUUCGGUACCGUGGACGGCGUGUUUUUUCUACCCCAAAAUUCUUCAGUGGGCAGGCUUUAACACCCCCUCAGCAUUAUCCGGCCGGGUAGGUUCCUCCUGGAAUUCCCAAAAAAAAAAAAAAAAUAAUAAUAAUAAUAAUAAAAUAUGGGGCAGGGCUGGCGAAUCCAAAGCAAUUUCAACAAAACAACAAACCGCAAACGGCGGUGCCUUGAGAUACGAGUGACCCGACUUGAGAGCUUUCCCGCUGGGGUCCAAACAUUUUAUUUUUGGAGGGUUCUGGCUCACGAGCAAACAUUUUGGAUGGGAAGGCGGCGACAACGUCCACACGAGUCGCCGAGCGUAACGCGGUCUUGGUUCCGACGACACGGACGGCGUCCCGGCCCGCUUUGAAAGCGGCCCGCUUUUUUUCCACGUCCUCGUUUUCCAGACUUUGAGGAAAAAUAAUUGUUGCAUUCGGACCCCCCCACCCCCCCCCCCCAAAAAAAAAAUAAUAAUAAUAAUAACAGAAAAUAAAUUCCUGCUAUCUUGGAGAUCUUGCUCCGACACUUUAGUUCCCUUGAUCCGUUCGGGUUUCAGACUCGGAAUUUACGAUCCGGCAGUCAGAGAAUUUGUCCGGAAAUCCCGACGGUCGCGCGGUCCCGGGUCGGCUCGCUUGCCGCUUUGGCGUUUCAAACCGACGCGGAAACCCGUCGACGGUGGCGGGUCCGGCCAAUCUCAGAACCGAAAACGCGAUUUUCCGCUUUGGCAAUUUCAAGCGUCGACACGAGUAUGCCCGAAAAAUGUUUUCAUGAUUCCAGCUACAAUUUGAAAUUUCAACCCCAUCUGGGAAACGGAAUAAACCCAAAAUAUGUUUUUAACAGCGUACCUCGAAACCCAAACCCCGUUUUAAAAGCCGAACCCUACCAACCAGCCAUCGUGUUUUGCAACUCUGCGAUCGAUCCAAUCGUGACGCCGUUUUGCAACCCGACAGUUUUUCUUCCGUUGUCUGCCGACCGGCUUGGAGCACGUCGUAGGAUUGAGCGCGCGCAUGCGCUCUCACGCAAACGCCGCUGCUGACUUUGCGUUUGAUUCCUUGUUCUCAUGGCCGUUUACUUUUGCGAUUGCUGCCAUUUGUGUCGGGUUCUGUUGCGAUGAUUAUUCUUCGCCCUUGCGCUUCGGAGCCAAUUUAACUCGCAUCUCAAGGCAACGCUGAACGGACGACGACGACGACGCGUAAAUAAUCGGCAGCGGAAGCGAGCGCAUCGACGUCGCAAAACAAAUGUCUUUCCGACCGGGCUCGGCUCGGCUCGGCUCGGUUCGGGUCACCUCGCAGCGUUGUCUCCUGUACACUUCCAAACCAGUUUUGGUGUGGCCGUGACUUGUCGGUCUCUCCCCCCCCCCCCCCGAACUGCACCACACGACGUAGCUCAGCUCACGUCAGGCCGGCUCACAUAUUAAAACAAAAAAACAAACAAAAAAAAAAAAAAAACAAGAGGCCCAAACGUUGACUUGACUUUGUGACGCUGAUCAUUUCAUGGUGUAUAUAAAUAUCGAUUGAUGCUGUUUAAAUGUAAGAUGUGCUGUACCAAUAAUAACUGUGUAUAGUAUUUCCUAGAGAUGUUUAUUUUCUAUAAAACGGAAAAUGUUAUUGCUUAUAAAAUCUGAAAAGAAUCCAUCGUCCUCUUUUUGGAACGUCGACCGUCACUUUUUCUUUGUGUCGAUGUUUGACGUCAGCGCACGUUUUUGUACCGCCGCCGACGUUGAAAUAUACCAGCAGCACCUUUCGAGGCGACCCGGCCCGUUUCUUGUCGGAACAAACGCGACCGGGUCGAGAUGACGGAUUUUCCUCCCGCUUCAUUUAUUUCCGUUUUUACGACGACAGAAACGUGGGCCAGAAAAAGCUGUCAAAUAUUUAAUUUCAGUAAUAAAACGGUCAUUGAUUCUCCUGUUUCUAUUUUUUACAUAUCAUUUAACCAUCACAAAUCAAAUCCGGGUGUAAAUGUGCAUACGUUUUAAUUGAAUUACAAUCUGAAAUUAAAGGAAUCGUACAUCCAAAAAAAAAUUGAAAUAUUUUGGAAAUGUUGUAGGAUAAAUACGUGGAAUUAAAACUCGAGAUGAAAUCCAUUUUCUGUCUCUUCGAGGUGACCCCAGCUGUCUUCGGGCGAGAGGCGGGGAACACCCUCAACUGGUCGCCAGCCAAUCGCAGGCCACCAUUCCCACUCCAAAAAAAUGGAUA